GCCACAUUCCCAUUGCCAAUCCAUCCUGACCGCAAAAACCUCCGACCUACAAUUCCCGCCUGUUUCUUUCGUCACCGUCGAAUGAUUUUCAACCCUCUCAACCUCAACACCUGAUCUUUCGACGACAAACACAACAAAACCAAAGGGGAAGCAACCUCGCCUUGUGUGAUUCCCUCUAGCAAACUCGACUUCGUCACAAACAGACACACACACACACACAACCUCCAGCACAAAGAUGAAUGCACCGAGGAUACUCAGCAGAGUGGCGUUCCGCCGCUCCUGCACGGCAUUGCAGUGCGCCUCUGCUCGUCGCGCCUACGGCAGCCCGUCUUUCCAGUCAUACCCUCUCUACUCAAACAACACACUCCCUCCUGCGAGAGGCGACGGCAUCCCCGAGAGCUCCAUCGCAUCGCCGGAUGCUCUGCCGAAGGUCAACGAGACGAGACCCCCCAAGAUCCCCUCGCAAAUGGCGACAACCCACCAACAAUCCUCAACACCGAGCACUCUUUCCUCUUCUUCCUCCGCCACACAGUCCUCGACGACAAAGACAACAACAGCAGCGACCACAUCCGCCGCAGCCAAGGCCACGACGACGUCAUCAGCAGCAACCGCCGCCGCCGCAGCCCCCGCGCCAAAGAUUUCUGAACAAGCAGCCCAAACCCCCAAGUCAGCCGCCCGUCCGAAGCGCACGCUCCGUGCCCGCAAGGCAGCGAUGAAGCUCAGCCCCGCGGCGGUAGAGCAGCUGCGCGCGAUGCUGGACCAGCCGGAGCCGAAGUUGAUCAAGGUCGGCGUGCGGAACAGGGGGUGCUCGGGCCUGGCGUACCACCUCGAGUACGUCGAGAAGCCGGGUAGCUUCGACGAGGAGGUUGUGCAGGAUGGCGUCAAGGUGCUGAUUGACAGCAAGGCGCUGUUCAGCAUUAUUGGCAGCGAGAUGGACUGGGUUGAGGACAAGCUGAGCCAGCGGUUUGUGUUCAAGAACCCGAAUAUCAAGGAGCAGUGUGGCUGCGGAGAGUCUUUCAUGGUUUGAGGGGAGUUUGUAAACAGCAGACUGAAUGAGUCGCCAGCGAGAGAAGAGACAGCAUGAGCAUGCGCUGCUUUCGUAAGCGGGUCAAUGGCUUCGAUAUACACUUCAUACAUGGCCGUCGUCUCCAUCAUAGAGAAGGGGAGACUGCUGACGGCACCGGCACCGGCAUCAACUCAUGCUACGGCGUCUUUGUACAUCACGGCUCCGUUCCGAGCACUUUUGACAUUUCGGGUUGAGGAUAAAGGCAUUGGGAGGCGUUUUAUACAGGUGUAAUGAUACCUACGAGAAGACCCGGCUCAUCAUCCGGGCGCGAAUCACUGAGAUUAUUAGUUUCAUUAUCAAUUGAACCUGAAGAGUGAAUCAACC